AAUAAAAUUCAAAUAUUUCUUUAAGUUUGAUAUAUUGGCAACAAUGACACAAUUUCAGAAUCUGAUUUGACGAUUGUUCACCUUGAUUGUUUAUAUCAUGGCGUCCGUCAGUGAAAGUGCUACUGAAGAACGAACGGAGCCAGUUGUGGCGCAAACAAUCGUCAGUCCAGUUACAGAAUCAAUUCAAAAAGCAAUAGCAAUCGACAAGGAACCAGAUUCAUCAACAGCGCCAACGAAAAAAUCACGCGUCGAAGUCCAAUCUCUUCCAACACGUCAAUAUUUGGAUCAAACGGUCGUGCCAAUAUUACUUCAAGCACUUUCGACAUUAGCAAAAGAACGACCACCGGAUCCAAUUAAUUAUUUAGCUGGUUAUCUUCUCAAAAAUAAAAGCCAAUAUGACAAUGGUGGAUCUCUACCUACUAAUCAUUGAGACUGCGAUAGGCAAAUUUAUCAAUUCAAUGACGACAAUUUAUUAAAAUAACACAUUUUAUGCAUAAUUAUUAAGAAAUUGUCAUGAAAAAAAUAUUAUACAAUUUAAAGAUUUAUAUCCUAUUAUAAUCAUUUAACAUAGAAAUAAUUUUAAGAAAUUUGCUUCCAUUUUUUUUAUCCAUGAAAUUCUGUUUUUUUUUUUUGUAAGAUUUAUAAUUUUUAAAAGCCAAUUUAAAAAAAAAAAAAAUUUGGUGUUAGCUUAAUGUGAUAUAUAUUAAUUAUUGUAAAAUGAGAACUGAAGAGACUAAGUGGAUUUACUUUAUAUCGAUCAAUAAAUAAUUUACAACAUUU